UUCCACCUUCAGAUGGGCUGUGAGGAAAUGUGGGGCUUUAAGAGGCAAACAACAGCGCUGCUGCAGGUCAGGUUUGUUGCGUUUUAGGGGAACAGACGAAGUAAGAAGAACCUCCUUCACUGGGUUGUUCCUGCUCCGCCCCUGCAGCCAAGGAAGCAGUGAACAAAGUGCAAGAAAAUCCACCGACUUCCCAAGUGGAUCAUUUCCAGGUCUGUAGUAUUGGCUGAAGGACCGUGUAGACGAGGCUUGUAAAAGGAUCCCACCGUGGUUGGUCAUAGUGUAUAGAGAGGAGCCCACCCAGCUCUCCAGGCUCCUCAGCUAUGGCUCUGCUGGCCAACCUGAAGAGCCUGUUCAUCCUGCAGCUGCUGAUGGGCUUUGUGUUUGUGGUGAGCGGCCUCAUCAUAAACUUCAUUCAGCUCCUCACCUGCAUCCUCUGGCCAAUCAACAAACAACUCUAUCGCAAAAUCAACUGCCGGCUCUCCUACUCCCUCUGGAGUCAGCUGGUGAUGCUGCUGGAGUGGUGGUCAGGCACAGAAUGCACCCUAUACACUGACCAAGCUACGGUGGACAAGUUUGGCAAAGAGCAUGUCAUCACCAUCCUCAACCACAACUACGAGAUCGACUUCCUGUGUGGCUGGACCAUGUGCGAACGAUUCGGCAUCCUAGGGAGUUCAAAAGUGCUAGCCAAACACGAGCUACUGAAGGUUCCUCUGAUUGGCUGGACAUGGUACUUCCUAGAAAUAGUGUUCUGCAAAAGAAAGUGGGAGGAGGACCGAAAGACUGUCUUCAAGGGACUAAGCAGGCUCAAAGACUAUCCUGAAUAUAUGUGGUUCCUGCUGUACUGCGAGGGAACCCGCUUCACAGAGCAGAAGCACGAAAUCAGUAUGCAGGUCGCUGAGAGUAAAGGCCUGCCCAAACUCAAAUACCACCUACUACCCCGAACCAAAGGAUUCACCACCACAAUGCAGUGUCUUAAGGGCACAGUAACCGCUGUCUACGAUGUGACUCUGAACUUCAAAGACAACCAAACUCCUACUCUCCUGGGCAUCGUCAACGGCAAGAAAUACAAAGCUGACCUGAGUGUUAGACGGUUCCCUGUGGAGGACAUACCAGCUGAUGAGAAAGAAUGUGCAAUCUGGCUGCACAAGCUCUACCAGGAGAAGGAUGCCUUACAGGAAUAUUACAAAAAGGAAGGCAAGUACCCCGGACCCACAAUAAUCCCCCGUCGCAGACCAUGGACACUGCUGAACUUCCUGUUUUGGGCCACCCUGCUGCUUUCGCCCCUCAUCAACUUUGCUUGUGGAGUGGUCGUCAGCGGCUCCCCCCUACUCAUCAUUGGCUUUAUCAUUUUCCUCAUCAUAGCCUCGAUAGCUAUCCGCCGCCUCAUAGGGGUCACCGAGGUGAAGAAAACAGGCUCCAGUUACGGCACCCCGGAGGCCAAGAAAGAAAACUAAAGUGUGUCACCCCCCCCCCCCCCCGCCCCUCCGUGUACAGCCGUUUCUGUGCGGUCACCCUGCGGUAUCUCACCCCUACCCCAACUCUAUUCUCCUCCUACUGUUGAGUCAGUUGGUAGGCAGGGGGAGGAGACCCAGCUGUGAAAACGUGAUGGAGACCAGAGUUAGAAAUACUAAUGGCACUAGAGUGAGAGAUUGAGAGAGAGAGAGAGAGCAUGGAGGGUCUGGGGUUCAAGCUCUCUGUUGUAACACAGAACAGAAGGAGGUGGAGAUGCAGCACUGUAUUCCCCUGCAUCUUUCUUAAUCCCACUGUCGACAUCCAAGUUCCAUUAAAUCCCGGUAACACCCAAGUUUAAGCUCCUAACCUGUCCGAGGUCACAUGGACAGCCAGUCAGCCCAUUUCCUGCUCCGCUCACUUCCUGUGAUCAGAUUCAUCAGCCGAUCAGGGAAGGGGUGACGUGCUCGUUUUUUUUUUUUUUUUUUUGUCCACAGAACCCAAACCGAUCCGUAUCUGAUCUUUUUAACCGGAACCAUCCAGAAGGCAAUGCGUUUCUGUAACACGCAGGACAUCUCACUCCCUUUAUUUCACUUAGUGGGACUUGUAAUGGGAACCGGUGCCUUGAGGCCCAGCCUGCUUUCCUUACCGUUAAAGGGUCUGUUCACCCAAAUCACAAAACAUUUGCUUUUAACUGGGUCUGAGAUAGCCACCACUGACACUCCUACUACUCCUCCAAUACAGUGAAGCUGAGUGAGAUACUGUAAAAGUACAUUUGAAAACUUAACAGCAGUGUGUCUUUCCAGAAACAAAUGUCUCUGUUAACGCUUCAUCAUUUCUGAAAACUUUCAUCAGUUUCUAUUCGUCGGUUUUAAAGAGAAUAUGAUUAUAAUAUUAGUUAAAAAAACGACCACAUUGGAUUAUCCGAUUGUUUCUUGAAAUGGACAUUACAGUUUUUCCUGUAUCAUUUUGAAUAAGAAAUUUGAGAUCCAGUGACAUUCAGUCCACCUCUAUUGUAUUGGGUUACCAGCAGAAGUCUUAUGGGAGAGAUCUCAAAACACAAGGUCCUCAUCAGCUCCAGGGAGAAUCUUUUUUUUGUUUUUGAACUCAUGAUUUUGGUGAACUGACCCCUUAACAUCUGGACAUGGACAGGCUGGUGUCUGCUAAACUAAAGCAAGGGCUCUGAAUGUGAAAACUGUCCUCAUCAAGGUCUCCAUCUCUUACAGGUCUCAUUUGUAGCCCGCAGCACAGACACCCACGGAUCCAUUGACACAUUUUUUUAUUUUUUAUUUUUUUCCCCCCCAGUUUCUAUUCCUAUUUUGACCUGCUUUACACAAAUAGGAAUUUGCAUACAUAUUAUCAAUCAUUUUUAAAACAUUGUUUUGCUUUUUUUUUUCCCCCUAAAUGUGACGUUAAUUCAUCCAGCAUUCACAGUCUAGACACUGAAGCAGUUCAACCUAGCACUCUCCUCCUCUGAUGCCAUAGUCGACAAUUUAAAUUCAGUGCACACUGCUCUGCUGUGAUUUAUUUCAGUGUAACCAGAUUCCAGAAAAAGGUCAUCGACUGUCUCCACGUAGCCUCGCAGCUGUUGGCAUAUAAUUUUUCUUUCCAGACAUAGACUGAAGUAGUGAUGUUUUAACCUUUGCCUUAAAUCAAGCUUGCUCAGGCAAGGGAUUGCCCAUUCGCCACCCCUUUAAAACAGCACCCACCUCUCACCUCUGCAUUAUGAGAGACCUCACCCUCUUCCUCACAUUACAGUGAAUGAAGGAGCAGUGUGCAUUCAUUUGGGUAGAUUACCAAAGCGAAUUAAUUAUUGAAAGCUAUCUUUUAAGUGGAAAGCUAGAGAGUUGUUGGUUUGUUGCUUCCAUGUGCCCAUACAUAGUUUGUUGGAUAAAGGAAGCUGCUCACAGGCAGCUUUGUUUCUCUGGAUGUCCUAGCCACUGUUGUUGAACAGCUCCAUACAUUUCACAGUUUUAAAUUCAGUCAUCCCAGACUUGGUUUUCAACUCCAACAAAUUAAACUUUGGCUGCUGCAGUACAUGAGUGGAUCUUUUCCAGUGUUAAAAGCCAGUUUUAGUCAUAUAUUUUGUUUGCAGCAAUACGUUGUGUACAUCCUCUAUGUAGAGUUUUCUCAAACCAGACCGAUUUCAUACAAGCCUUAAUAGACAGUGCUGCUUCAAUUUUGUGUGAAAAUGUAGACGCUAACUGAGCCCCUCUGGUAGUGAAGGUAAAAUUGAAAGAUGUCCUCCUGUAUAGCAAGCAAGUUGCUCGAAUUAGUUGCCAAGCAACUUGUUCUAAAGUUAAUUAACAAUUAAAAAGAAAUGAGACUAUAAAGUCUGCUCUAGUGCACAAAAAACUCUGUAAUCAGUUCACAUUUUCUACAAGAAGAUACUUUGAGUUGCUUUACAUAUAUUUUGUUUACGGUUUUAGUAUCUGGGCCUGCUAUCUUUUUUUCUCAAGAGAUCUGAUCAGAUACCAAUGCAGUCCAACUCAUCCUGUCAUUCAGUAAACAUCAUAUUCAGAAGCAAGAAGAAUUCUGAGAAGUUCAGCAAAGUAUUUGGAAAAACGUUUUACACUGGAUGUUUUUUAUUCAGUAAAGGAAUAUAAAUGUAACUUGUGGUUGCUGUUUUUUCUGAGAUCUCCAAUGGAAUCAAAAACAUAACAAAUUGACACAAUUCAAUGACUUUUUUUUUAAUCUCAAAGAUAAUUGAGUUAGUGGCACUUCUUGUGUCAGCUUUUGUUUUGUUUUCUAAGGCUAUUUUUAUGUUUUCUUCAACUAAAACACUUGAGAAUAUUAAAGGAUUUAAUCACAAAGCAA